AUGGCAUCCCAACAGCCAGCCCAAGCUCUCGCCUCCCACCUAGUCUCUCAGACGCUAGCCAGCGUCGGGCUCCUCGAAACGCUCCAGCUAAUCACCCCGACUGCCGCCAACGAGAUCCGUUCCCGCCUCCCCAACCCGUACACCCAGUUUCCUGCGCUGGCGAGCGUGCCGGCCUCGAACGUAACCCCCGCCUCUCCUCCUCUGGCGAUCGUCAGCGGUAUCGCUGGGAUGAACAUGAACCAGGCCAAUCAGGCCGUGAGCCCGCCGCAGCAGUUCCAGGCGCCUGUCGCUGCCUUCCAGGCAGCCCACGUCCCCGGCCCAGCCCUCCCGCCCCGCAACACACCCCCGGGACACAAUGAACAGCGCGCACGCGCGCUCUGGGACUACAAUGGGGCUGAUCCUGGGGAUCUGCGAUUCCGCCAGGGCGACACUAUCGUGAUUGUCGAAGAGGUUAAUAAGGAGUGGUUCCGCGGUCACCUCGUUGGCGGGAGUGUUGAGAAGGGCGGGCUGUUCCCGGCUAACUACGUUGAGAAGAUCACCUCCGGCACCAGGGACGAGAAGGCGGGCGCUGGUGGCAUGGUCCCCUACCAGCCGCCUGGUGCAGCGACGUCGUACUACACCCCGCCCCCGGGCCAGGUGCAGCAGUACGCCUCUCCGUCCAUGUCGCCCAUGCAGCAGUCUGCUGGCGGGACGACUAUCGUCGUCCAGGAUGACCCCAAGAAGCACAAGUUCGGCAAGCUUGGCGGAAACCUCGGUAAUGCAGCAGUCACCGGUGCGGGCUUUGGGUUUGGCAGUGCCGUUGCGUCCAACAUUGUCAACGCCAUCUUGUAA